CCUUACUCCACCACCCUCCCCCGCCGCUCCGCUCACUCCGCGUCCCGGCCCGGCCUCCCGCUCCUCUCUCCCUCCAACCGCUCACUUGCCAGCCCUUCGCCCCCGGGAAGAAGAAACAUUUCUCGGAGCGCACUCAUCAGCUCUCCCUUCCCCCGCGCUCGCCCUCCCCUCCCCCCGCUCUUUCUAUCUUGGAGGAGGGGGGCUGUCGCCUGGGAUUGAAGGCCAUUGAUUUGUAUGUAUUUGUCCCAGCGCCGGAGGCUGCCCCAGCCGCCCGCGCGGGUGCCGCCGCCGCCGCCGCCGCCAGUGGAGUUGCCUCCCUGCUUCCCUAGGGUGGUUAGACUCCACCAAAUAUGUCGGCUCCUGUCGGGCCGCGGGGCCGCCCGGCUCCCACCCCGGCGGCCUCUCAGCCGCCUCUGCAGCCCGAGAUGCCCGACCUCAGCCACCUCACGGAGGAGGAGAGGAAAAUCAUCCUGGCCGUCAUGGAUCGGCAGAAGAAAGAAGAGGAGAAGGAGCAGUCGGUGCUCAAGGUCAAAGAAGAGCACAAACCACAACUGACACAGUGGUUUCCCUUUAGUGGGAUCACUGAACUGGUAAAUAACGUUCUCCAGCCCCAGCAAAAACAACAAAAUGAAAAGGAGCCCCAGACAAAACUUCAUCAGCAGUUUGAAAUGUAUAAGGAGCAGGUAAAGAAGAUGGGAGAAGAAUCACAGCAGCAGCAAGAACAGAAAGGUGAUGCUCCAACCUGUGGUAUCUGCCACAAAACAAAGUUUGCUGAUGGAUGUGGCCAUAACUGUUCAUAUUGCCAAACAAAGUUCUGUGCUCGUUGUGGAGGUCGAGUGUCAUUACGCUCAAACAAGGAGGACAAAGUGGUUAUGUGGGUAUGUAAUUUGUGCCGAAAACAACAAGAAAUCCUCACUAAAUCAGGAGCAUGGUUUUAUAAUAGUGGAUCUAAUACACCACAGCAACCUGAUCAAAAGGUUCUCCGAGGACUGCGGAAUGAGGAGGCGCCUCAGGAGAAGAAAGCAAAACUGCAUGAGCAGGCCCAGUUCCAAGGACCCUCAGGUGACUUAUCUGUACCUGCAGUGGAGAAAAGUCGAUCUCAUGGGCUCACAAGACAGGAUUCUAUUAAAAAUGGGUCAGGAGUGAAGCACCAAAUUGCCAGUGACGUAGCUUCAGACAGGAAAAGAAGUCCAUCAGUGUCCAGAGAUCAGAAUAGAAGAUACGACCAAAGGGAAGAAAGAGAAGAAUAUUCACAGUAUGCUACUUCGGACAGCGCGAUGCCUAGAUCUCCAUCAGAUUAUGCUGAUAGGAGGUCUCAACGUGAACCUCAGUUUUAUGAAGAGUCUGAUCAUAUAAAUUAUAGGGACUCCAACAGGAGAAGUCAUAGACAUUCCAAAGAAUAUAUUGUAGAUAAUGAGGAUGCGGAGGGCAGAGAUGAAUAUGAAAGACAAAGGAGAGAGGAGGAAUACCAGGCACGCUAUCGAAGUGAUCCGAAUUUGGCCCGUUAUCCAGUAAAGCCACAACCCUAUGAAGAACAAAUGCGUAUCCAUGCUGAAGUGUCACGAGCCAGGCAUGAGAGAAGGCACAGUGAUGUUUCUUUAGCAAAUUCUGAACUGGAAGACUCCAGGAUUUCCAUGCUAAGGAUGGAACGACCAUCAAGGCAAAGAUCUGUAUCUGAACGUAGAGCUGCCAUGGAAAAUCAGCGAUCUUAUUCAAUGGAAAGAACUCGAGAGGCUCAGGGACCAAGUUCUUAUCCACAAAGGACCAGAAACCAUAGUCCUCCUACCCCCCGGAGGAGUCCAAUACCCAUUGAUAGACCAGACAUGAGACAUACUGACUCGCUAAGGAAACAACAGCACUUAGAUCCUAGCUCUGCUGUAAGGAAAACAAAACGUGAAAAAAUGGAAACAAUGUUAAGGAACGAUUCUCUCAGUUCUGACCAGUCAGAGUCAGUGAGACCUCCACCACCAAAGCCUCAUAAGUCAAAGAAAGGAGGUAAAAUGCGCCAGGUUUCAUUGAGCAGUUCAGAGGAGGAAUUAGCUUCUACACCUGAAUAUACAAGUUGCGAUGAUGUUGAGAUUGAAAGUGAGAGUGUAAGUGAAAAAGGGGACAGUCAAAAGGGAAAAAGAAAAACUAGUGAGCAGGCAGUUUUGUCGGACUCUAACACCAGGUCUGAGAGACAAAAGAAAAUGAUGUACUUUGGUGGCCACUCUUUGGAAGAGGAUUUGGAAUGGUCUGAGCCUCAGAUUAAGGACUCUGGGGUAGAUACCUGUAGUAGCACAACCCUUAACGAGGAGCAUAGCCAUAGUGAUAAGCACCCUGUGACGUGGCAGCCAUCUAAAGAUGGAGAUCGUUUAAUUGGUCGCAUUUUAUUAAAUAAGCGUUUAAAAGAUGGAAGUGUACCUCGAGAUUCAGGAGCAAUGCUUGGCUUGAAGGUUGUAGGAGGAAAGAUGACUGAAUCAGGUCGGCUCUGUGCAUUUAUUACCAAAGUUAAAAAAGGAAGUUUAGCUGAUACUGUAGGACAUCUUAGACCAGGUGAUGAAGUAUUAGAAUGGAAUGGAAGACUAUUGCAAGGAGCCACAUUUGAAGAAGUAUAUAACAUCAUCCUGGAAUCCAAACCUGAACCACAAGUGGAGCUUGUUGUUUCAAGACCUAUUGGAGAUAUACCUAGAAUACCUGAUAGCACACACGCACAACUGGAGUCCAGUUCUAGCUCAUUUGAAUCUCAAAAAAUGGAUCGUCCUUCUAUUUCCGUUACAUCUCCCAUGAGUCCUGGCAUGUUGAGGGAUGUUCCACAGUUCUUAUCUGGACAACUUUCAAUAAAACUAUGGUUUGACAAGGUUGGUCACCAAUUAAUAGUUACAAUUUUGGGAGCAAAGGAUCUCCCUUCCAGGGAAGAUGGGAGGCCAAGGAAUCCUUAUGUUAAAAUUUACUUUCUUCCAGACAGAAGUGAUAAAAACAAAAGAAGAACUAAAACAGUAAAGAAAACAUUGGAACCCAAAUGGAACCAAACAUUCAUUUAUUCUCCAGUCCACCGAAGAGAAUUUCGGGAACGAAUGCUGGAGAUUACCCUUUGGGAUCAAGCUCGAGUUCGAGAGGAAGAAAGUGAAUUCUUAGGAGAGAUUUUAAUUGAAUUAGAAACAGCCUUAUUAGAUGAUGAACCACAUUGGUACAAACUUCAGACCCACGAUGUUUCUUCAUUGCCACUUCCCCACCCUUCUCCAUAUAUGCCACGACGACAACUACAUGGAGAGAGCCCAACACGGAGGUUGCAAAGGUCAAAGAGAAUAAGUGAUAGUGAAGUCUCUGACUAUGACUGCGAUGAUGGAAUUGGUGUAGUAUCGGAUUAUCGACACAAUGGUCGAGAUCUUCAAAGCUCAACAUUGUCAGUGCCAGAACAAGUAAUGUCAUCAAACUAUUGUUCACCAUCAGGGUCUCCUCACCGAGUAGAUGUUAUAGGAAGGACUAGAUCUUGGUCACCCAGUGUCCCUCCUCCACAGAGUCGGAAUGUGGAACAGGGACUUCGAGGGACACGCUCUACUACGGGACAUUAUAAUACAAUUAGCCGAAUGGAUAGACAUCGUGUCAUGGAUGACCAUUAUUCUCCAGAUAGAGACAGGGAUUGUGAAGCAGCAGAUAGACAGCCAUAUCACAGAUCCAGAUCAACAGAACAACGGCCUCUCCUAGAGCGGACAACCACCCGCUCCCGAUCCACUGAACGUCCUGAUACAAACCUCAUGAGGUCGAUGCCUUCAUUAAUGACUGGAAGAUCUGCCCCUCCUUCACCUGCCUUAUCGAGGUCUCACCCUCGUACUGGGUCUGUCCAAACAAGCCCAUCAAGUACUCCAGUGGCAGGACGAAGGGGCCGUCAACUCCCACAACUUCCACCAAAGGGAACAUUGGAGAGAAAAGAAGUGGACUCCACAAGGAGAAGACAUGCAGGUGCUAUGGAUAUAGAGGAGAGAAAUCGCCAAAUGAAAAUUAACAAAUACAAACAGGUAGCCGGAUCAGAUCCCAGACUGGAACAAGAUUACCAAUCAAAGUAUCGAUCAGGAUGGGAUCCUCAUAGAGGGGCAGAUAAUAUUUCCACUAAAUCUUCGGACAGUGAUGUAAGUGAUAUAUCAGCGGUUUCAAGGACUAGUAGUGCUUCUCGUUUCAGCAGCACAAGCUACAUGUCUGUCCAAUCAGAACGGCCAAGAGGAAAUAAGAAAAUCAGUGUCUUUACAUCCAAAAUGCAAAGCAGACAAAUGGGCAUCUCAGGGAAGAACAUGACUAAAAGCACCAGCAUCAGCGGAGACAUGUGCUCGCUGGAGAAGAAUGAUGGCAGCCAGUCUGACACUGCAGUGGGCGCCUUGGGCAGCAGCAGCAAAAAGCGGCGCUCUAGCAUUGGGGCCAAAAUGGUAGCUAUUGUUGGUCUCUCCCGGAAAAGCCGCAGUGCUUCUCAGCUCAGCCAAACGGAAGCCGGUGGUAAAAAGCUACGGAGCACCGUGCAGAGAAGUACAGAGACGGGCUUGGCUGUGGAAAUGAGGAACUGGAUGACUCGACAGGCAAGCCGAGAAUCUACAGACGGCAGCGUGAACAGCUACAGCUCAGAAGGAAAUCUGAUUUUCCCUGGUGUCCGCUUGGCCUCUGAUAGCCAAUUCAGUGAUUUUCUGGAUGGCCUUGGCCCUGCCCAGCUAGUGGGGCGCCAGACUCUGGCCACACCUGCCAUGGGUGACAUUCAGGUAGGAAUGAUGGACAAAAAGGGACAGUUGGAGGUGGAAAUCAUUCGGGCCCGCGGCCUUGUUGUAAAACCAGGUUCCAAGACACUGCCAGCACCAUAUGUAAAGGUGUAUCUAUUAGAUAAUGGAGUCUGCAUAGCCAAAAAGAAAACAAAAGUGGCAAGAAAGACGCUGGAACCCCUCUACCAGCAGCUAUUAUCUUUUGAAGAAAGUCCCCAGGGAAAGGUUUUACAGAUCAUAGUCUGGGGAGACUAUGGCCGCAUGGAUCACAAAUCCUUUAUGGGAGUGGCCCAGAUACUUUUAGAUGAACUGGAGCUAUCCAAUAUGGUGAUUGGCUGGUUCAAACUUUUCCCCCCUUCCUCCCUAGUAGAUCCAACCUUGGCCCCUCUGACAAGAAGAGCUUCCCAAUCAUCUCUGGAAAGUUCAACUGGACCUUCUUACUCUCGUUCAUAGCAGCUGUAAAACUGUUGUCAUAGCAACCAGCGUUACAAAAAAAAAAAAAAAACCCACAGGUCGCAAACCCUGGUAACACUGCAUGCUUAAUGUUGUGUCUUCUGAGCCUGUUUCUAGGGAUACAAAGCGAUCCUGUGUUCUCAGAGGAAGUUGCACACAUUGUGCCCUAAAGAAGGCCCUCAGGUGAAAGAGCGGAGCUAUGACGAACUAUCAGGUUUGGAGUUCAAUAACACUCACGUUUUGGUCCAAUCUGAAGCCAUGGAUUAAUCUCAAAGAAUCAGUUUCAUGCAGCAAAAGCCCUUUUCAAUGGCACCUUUAUAUUUUUAUCGUUCCUUUUUCUUCAUUUCUCUGACCCCAAAGUCCUGUGAUGCCACAGAAAUGGAGCUAUCCAGCCAUUAAGCCAUGUUACAAGUCAAGGCAUGAAGUCCUAGGAAGCAUCAGGUGAAAAGCAAGAGACCAAAGACUUGGUCCAGGACAAAAAACGUCAGCCCUCCUCUGGACGGGGACGGGAGCAGCCAGUCCAACGUGACAGCGUGAACAGUGGCAGACUCCGGAGCUCCAGCAGGCGUGGCGCUCACUAAUGCCAAGAUGAGUUGGACUCUGAAAAACAAAAUUCUGUGGCUACACUGUACUGAAUGAAAUUAAAGAAACUUUUUUUUGCAUGGACACAGAUUAGCUGAAUACUUAAAUUAUUUUCUUGGGGCUGCAACUUGCAAAAAA